AUGUCAACCAGGAAUGUGGAUUCGACCGAGGGCAAGAAAAGACCGGCCCUUGAGGAGGCCGGCGGGGUUCAGAAAAAGCCCAUGACUAAUCCGAACCCCAACCCGCAAGGAAUGACUCACACCCAGAUCGCCUACCAUAGUUCAGUUGGGGAUAAGGAAACCCCUUUUGACGCCUGUGUGGAAAAAAUGGUCAAGGAGGCGCCGUUUCUGCAUUACGAUGCUGAGCAGAGAAUAGCUGCUAACGAGGGCGGCUUCGGUUUUCUUGCGGAAAUGCGUGGCAUUCGAGCAGAGAUGGCAAGAAUGAACGAUAAGUUCCAGAAGCUCGAAUCUCAUCGCCAGAGCCAUCUAGAUAUCCGUCAAAGGGCCAUUUCCACAUGGGUGCGAGAUGCGCUAAACAAAGACACAGAAGGCCGGAAGGAGGACAUCCGCAGACUGAAUAAGGAUGUUAUCCACGGCGGUGAUGUGCGAUCCGAUGCCAUGGUAGUCACUGAGCGCUACAAGAAAAGCAGCACCGAAUGGCAAUCUUUCCGUACGCUAUAUGGCCUCACCCCGGACAAUGUGAAUGAUCUCGACCAACAGAAAUGCUAUGGAUCUCUGCAGGCCUUAGAUAGCGUAGCUUCUAUCCUGUUCAAGAACGCUCGGACAAGCCUCCCUACCGAGGCGAUAGGGAAGAAACGCGAGGAUCUUGUCGCUAUGCUGCUGGAGGAGAGAUAUGAAGAGGCCGAGAAGAUGAGCAGCACUUUUUUUUGUGAGAACGAGUCGUCUGUGACUGAAGAGUAG